AUUCUGAGAACAACUCACAUGCUUGUAUGUGGUGACCUUCUAUAUCUCUUGUUUUGUACACUUUAUUUAUAAUUUUAAGUGGCAUGUUAAUUUAUAGAAGCACUUUUAAAUUCUCUUAACAUGGCUCUAAAUAAAAUAUGGACUGGUCGAAGUGGUAUGCUCAGGUGUUUUCAAGAAGUCAUCUCUCAGAGGUGUUCACUAGCUGCAUCUUCAGUUCACACCACAUGCGCUCAGUCAGACUCCAACAAAACCUCUGUGGUGCGCUGCAGCAGACAGAAAUAUGAACGCAUGUACCCGGUACUACUGGUGCAACCAGACGGGUCAACCAUUAAAAUCAGAUACAAGGAACCUAAAAGAAUAAUGAUGAUGCCUGUGGACAUUACAACUCUUUCAGAGGAGGAGAGAAAGGCCAGAAUGCGUAAGAGGGAUCCUAAGAAGGGUGUAGUUAAACAAAAGGAUAAUGAAUUUAAAGAUGACUUUAAAUUGGACGACUACAGCAAGUUUUGGAAGAAAAAUGAGUAGGCUAAAAGUCCAAGUGAAAACAGCCAUCUUUACUAUAUUUACAGAUGUACAGAAGUUAUUUACACUGCUAUGUUUUUGUAUAUUAUCUUGUCAUUAAAGUCGUGGUUGAUGAAUAAAAGAAACCCAUGUACAAA